CUUUCCUUCCUCAUUAACAAAGUGACUGAGGGUGGAAAAGCUGCGGGGUCUCCGGGUUCUUUACCUUUUGGAUUGCUGGACCAGUGUGAUGGUGCUGCUCCUUCAGCAGAGCGGAGCUUCUGCGCUCCAAGCUGCGCUUUUUCUCCUCAUCCAUCUGCUGGAGCCAAGCGGGCUGCGCGCCUUUAACCUGGACACCAGUCAUGUCAUCAGGAGACACGGGGAGCCGGGGACACUCUUCGGCUUUUCUCUCGCUUUCCACCAGCAGAUCAACCCCAAUAAAGUUCUGUUGUUGAUCGGUUCCCCCAGAGCCAGAGCUUUAAAAAACCAAAAGUCCAAUAUUACUGGAGGCCUUUUCAAAUGUGAUGUCAGCAAGUCCAAAAACUGUGAACGUGUCGAAUUCGAUAACGAUGAGGACCCAGCACAAGAGAUUAAAGAAGACCAAUGGAUGGGUGUGUCUGUGCAGAGUCAGGGACCUGGGGGAAAGGUUGUGACAUGUGCUCACCGAUAUCAAAAGCGUCUCGCAGGAUCCCAUUCUGUCCUAGGGCGAUGUUACUUUUUUAGUCAGGAUUUGACCAUUAACGAGUCCGCUGAUAUGGACGGUGGUGACUGGAAAAUCUGUGAGGGCAGGGGACGACCUGACCAUACAUCCCUUGGAGUCUGUCAGCAGGGUGUGGAAACCACCUUCACCAAUGACUACCAUUAUGUGGUGUUUGGAGCCCCAGGAGCUUACAACUGGAAAGGGAUCGUGCAAGUGGCGCAACAAAACAUGACUCUGAUUGAGAGGGGGAUAUAUAAUGAUGGCCCAUAUGAGACUAAGGAAAAUAUAAAUAUAUCAGCCAACAGCUACCUUGGGUUCUCUCUGGACACGGGUCACCACAUCAUGAAGAACCGCACCCUGACUGUGGUGGCUGGAGCACCGAGAGCGUUGCACAAAGGAAUAGUAGCCCUGAUGAAGAAGGACGCUUCACAACUUGUGGUUGAGCAGGUUCUGUAUGGUCCUGGACUGGGGUCGUCAUUUGGAUAUGAUGUGGCUGUGGUCGACCUGAAUGGUGACGGAUGGCAGGACAUUGUCGUGGGAGCCCCUCACUUCUACAUGAAGAGCAAAGACAUUGGUGGAGCUGUUUAUGUUUAUAUAAACAGAGCAGGACACUGGGACAGUGUCACUCCAACCCGCCUAGAUGGAACCAAGGAUUCAAUGUUCGGGCUGGCAGUGGAAAACAUUGGAGACAUAAAUAAGGACUCAUUUAAUGAUUUUGCAGCGGGAGCUCCACAGGAUGAUGAGGGGGCAGGAAAAGUCUACGUUUAUCAUGGAUCUGCACAAGGAAUUAAAACGAGCGCUGCACAGAUUCUCUCAGGUAAAGAGCACCGCAUACAAUUCUUUGGAUUUUCCCUGGCAGGAAACAUGGACCUGGAUGGUAACUUAUAUCCAGACCUGGCUGUAGGAUCUCUGUCAGAUUCAGCUUUAAUUUACAGAGCAAGGCCGGUUGUGAAAAUUAUGAAAAAUGUUACAGUAUCUCCAGAGGAAAUUGACCCGCGUUUUGUUUGUAAAAACAAUGUCUGCUUCACUGUGAGUGUAUGCUUCAGCUACAAAACUCCUACAUCCUACAACCAACGGCUCAGUAUCCGUUAUUCUAUAGAUUUAGAUGUAGAUCGCAGGAAACAAGGACUGAACUCCAGAGCGAUAUUUUUGAAAAAGUCUCAUAGUGAAUCAGACAUCCAGUUCACUGACACGUUAGAGCUCAGGGGUCGAGGGAAAAAAAGCUGUACCAUCUUAAAUGUCACGCUAAAGGACAAUAUUAAAGACAAGAUGCGCGACAUUGUCAUCGAAGCUUCUGCAGAACUUGAUCAAGUAGAACAAAGUAAAUUACAAAAUGACCUUCCUGACUUAAAGCCAAUUAUAGACGCCACCCAGCCAAGCACAGCUGUUGCAAAGGUAAUCUUUGUGAAGCAGGGAUGCAAAUCUAAUAUUUGUAAAAGCAACCUGAAAAUGGACUACAGUCUGCACUUCAAAGAAAUCAACCAGGAUCGUUACUUCCCCCUAAAAAAAAGUCCACAGAAUUUCCUUGAGUUCGUCCGAUCAUACGAGAAGAAGGACUUGGCCCUGGAGGUGACUGUGACUAAUAAAAAGGCUGACGACGCCUACGAGGCAAAGCUCAUGGCAAAGUUCCCAGACUCCCUGUCCUACUCUGGUGUUCGAGUUACAACUCCAAACAAGCAUAUCAUCUGUGUUGCCAACCAUAAUGGAUCUGAAGCCGAGUGUGAGCUGGGAAACCCAUUUAAGACAAACUCAAAGGUGACCUUCCACAUCAUCAUCGGUACAACGCGUCUAACUCUCGACACCACUGAGAUUGAGAUUGACCUGCAGAUCCAAACGACCAGUUUUCAAGAUAUCCCACCUGUAAAAGUUAGCUGUAAAGUGAUAACUGAAUUCCCUUUGACACUGAGUGGUGAAGCCAAACCCGAUCAGAUUUCCUUUGGAGGUGUUGUAAAAGCAGAAACUGCAAUGAAAAGAGAAGAAGACAUUGGGAGCUUGGUUAACUUUACCUUUAGGAUUACCAACUUGUGGAGUUCCUUAGUCCCUCCUCGGGGUGCUUCUCUACACAUCCAAUGGCCCAAAAACAAUAAAGAUGGGAAAUGGCUUCUUUACCUGGUGAAGGUCACAUCCCAUGGACCUGAGAACAUCAUCUGCUCUCCUGAUUCUGAAAUCCACUCCCUUAAACACGUCUGGGCGAGCUCUCACUCUCGGGAAAAACGGGACAUUGCUGAGAAUGAAAAAGCAGUUGGUCGCAAAAUGGCUUUGCUUUCAAGAAACAGCAAAGUUUUGUCCUGUGAAAGUGAAAACAAAUGUGUGGUGCUAAAGUGCCCCCUGCAGGGGAUUGAUGGUGCUGCUGUUCAACUGAGAUCCCGAUUGUGGAACUCCACCUUUAUUGAGGACUAUGCUUCCUUUCCAACCACAGUUUUAGAAGUGAAAGCUUCAUUUGUGCUUAACUCUGAGAGUCAGAACAUUAUCCUGAGGUCUCCUACCCACACUGUCAGGGUCCUUGUGUCGCCGGACAGCGACGUGGCUCAGUUCGGGGUUCCCUGGUGGAUCAUUCUGAUAGCGGUUCUGGCAGGGAUCUUGAUUUUAGCCUUGAUGGUGUUUUUAUUAUGGAAGUGUGGGUUCUUCAAACGCUCCAAACAUGACGACAGCGUACCUCGCUACCACGCAGUGCGGAUAAAAAAGGAAACUCCAGGUUAUGACGAUGGAAAAUCUGAAGUGGAUGCUUUUGAAAAGAAGCAGUGGGUGACGACAUGGGUUGACAAUCAUGAUUAUUAGUUUUUAUUUCUUUACCUGGGAUUCUGUAAAUAAUGAUGAAUUUGAGCCACUGAUGUAUAAUGUGCUUUUUUAAAAUUAAGGUUCAAGACAAUAGAUUUACAUGCUGUAUUAUUUUUUUCAAUAUUGUAUAUAUUUAAAUGUUUCUGCACAUUUUAUAUUUAUUUUUUUUUUUAUAUGAAAGCAGCCUUGCAAUCAAAGCCUUGUAGAACAAGUUUACUGCUGUUUCUGGAGUUUUACUGUCCUUAUGUGAGGAGAAGGUACAGCUAGCUCACUUUCUCCAACUUGGAUUUUUUAACUGUAUAAGUUUAGUUUGGGACUGUUUCGACACAAGUUGUUCCUUUUCUAAAACAUCUAAGGUACAGUAUCAGGUUAAGAAUAUAAAUAAUAUAAGCAUGGUUUAUGUAACUGGGCCUCACUCUGUUGAGAUGUUCAGGUAACAUCCACUGGACCGUAGAUCAUCACUGAGGCGUUUCUUUUUGUUUCACGCGAGGAAUGCAAAAGGAAGAUGUAAAAAGUCAAACAAUGUAAAUUUUUGUUUGUCGAAUGAACAAAAAA